AUGUCUACCCCGGGAAGUGUUCAGACCUACUCUUCCGCGCCUCUUAAUCCCAACAACACCGAGGAAGAGACGCACGCAACCACGUCGCCGCCACAACCCGCUACUGCAAUCGAAGCCGCGACGACAACAGCCACUCAACCCCCAAUCACGCCUGCAGCAGCGACUGCCCCGUCAUACUCUCCCAUCUAUACAACUGCGCAACCUGAGAACACACCCGCUCAGCCUGGCGCAGCACCGAGCCUGCCAGCUCCAACAGCAGCCCCUGCGCAAUCCUCCAGCAACUUCACCGCGACCCCAACUACCACUCUCCCAACCGCCACAUCCACCCAGUCCCCUCCUCCUCCCCAGCCAGGGGCCGUUCCUAUUCCUGCGAAUCCUACAGUCGUGCAACAGUCGGUUCCACCUCCUCCCAAGGCAGGCGCAGCUGUCUCUCCUCCCCAGCCUUCUGCCGCGCAACCCACUGCUGCCUUCCAGCCUCCAACCCCGUUUACCCAGUCUUACUCUUACCACCGCUCUCCACACGCGCACGCUGAUACCCCAAACUCCACAUCCUCCCCCUACGCCACCGUGUACCAGUCGCACGCUGGUGCCGGCCCCUCGCAGCCGCAAGCCCUCCCUCUACACUACAGCAGCGGAGCUGGCGGAGGCGCGAACAACAUUUUCCCGGACGAUGAGCCUUCUUUCUUCAACACUGCCAAGUCCUGGAUGCAGACUGCCGGCACGAAGCUCGCGGAGGUGGAAGCGGAGGUGUGGAAGCGGAUCAACAAUGCCCACGACGAGAAAUGA